CGCCUCCGCGCCCCCGCCGCCACCGCCGACAUGUCGCUGCUCUGCGUCGGAGUUAAAAAGGCCAAGUAUGACGGGCCCCAAGAGAAGUUUAACACCUACGUGACCCUGAAGGUGCAAAAUGUCAAGAGCACGACCAUCGCGGUGCGGGGCAACCUGCCCUCCUGGGAGCAGGACUUCAUGUUUGAGAUCAACAGGCUUGACCUGGGCCUGACAGUGGAGGUGUGGAACAAGGGGCUCAUCUGGGACACUAUGGUGGGGACGGUGUGGAUCCCCCUGCGGACCAUCCGGCAGUCCAACGAGGAGGGCCCUGGGGAAUGGCUCACGCUCGACUCCCAGGUCAUCAUGACCGACAACGAGAUCUCGGGCACCAAGGACCCGACUUUCCACCGUAUCCUCCUUGACACCCGCUUUGAGCUGCCUCUGGAUAUCCCCGAGGAGGAGGCCAGGUACUGGGCCAAGAAGCUGGAGCAGCUCAACGCAAUGCGGGACCAAGAUGAUUAUGCCUUCCAGGAGGAGCAGGAAAAGCCUCUGCCCGUGCACGGCUCCCAGUGCUGCAACUGGAAUUAUUUUGGCUGGGGAGAACAGCAGAAUGAUGACCCCGACAGCACCGUGGAUGACCGGGACAGCGAUUACCGCAGUGAGACCAGCAACAGCAUCCCCCCCCCUUACUACACCACGUCCCAGCCCAACGCCUCCGUGCACCAGUACCCCAUGAGGCACCAGCAGCAGAGCUCCCGCGACUCCUACACCGACUCCAUGCAGAGCUACGAGAUGGACUACUCGGACCAGGCUCCCAUCAGCCCCACAGGGAGCAGUCGCUACGCCUCGUCGGCCGAGCUGAGCCAGGGCAGCUCCCAGCUGAGCGAGGACUUCGAGAACGAGAGCCUGCGGGACUCGGAGCUGGACGAGAGGGACGGCGACUCCUACCACUCCUGCCACAGCUCCGUCAGCUACCGCAAGGACUCACCGCGCUGGGAGGAGGAGGACGACGAUGAUCUCUACCUGGAGGAGGAGGAGGAAGAGUUCAUUGAGGACUACAGUGAGACUGAGGAAGGCUACCCCAAGGAGGAGGAGCUGGAGGAGGAGGAGGAGCUGCGGGAGGAGGACACUUAUGAACCACCCGAGGACGAAACGUACCCCCCACCACAGAAACCCCCCGCACAGCAGCAGCAACAGCAACAACAACAGGUCCCACAACAGCAGCAGCAGCAGCAGCAACAGCAACAGCAGCAACCUCAGCUGGUCCCACAGCUGAAGCCACAGCAGCAAGAGAGAAAGGAGGAGAGAAAGGAGGAGAGAAAAGAGGAGAGGAAGGAGGAGAAGGACACCUCUGCCUCCCAGGAGACUCCUGAGGCCCUCGAGGCCCAGAGGGGAGUGGAGGAAGCUCCCGUGCAAGAGGCAGCCCCAGAGUCUGAGCCCCCCAAACCGGCUGAGAGGGAGCAGGCAGAAGAGGAGGUGGACCCCAAAGCACGAGCCAAAGCCAACUGGCUGAGAGCCUUCAACAAGGUCUGCAUGCAGCUGCAGGAGGCCCGCGGGGAAGGUGAUGGAGAAUCCAAAUCGCUGUGGUUCAAAGGCGGGCCUGGUGGUGGGCUGAUCAUUAUAGACAGCAUGCCGGACAUUCGCAAGCGAAAACCCAUCCCCCUAGUUAGCGAUUUGGCCAUGUCCCUGGUCCAGUCCAGGAAAGCGGGAAUCACGUCCGCACUGGCCUCGAGCACCUUGAACAACGAGGAGCUGAAAAACCAUGUUUACAAGAAGACCCUGCAAGCCUUAGUGUACCCCAUCUCCUGCACGACGCCCCACAACUUCGAGGUGUGGACGGCCACCACCCCCACCUACUGCUACGAGUGCGAGGGGCUCCUGUGGGGCAUCGCCCGGCAGGGCAUGCGCUGCGCCGAGUGCGGCGUCAAGUGCCACGAGAAGUGCCAGGACCUGCUCAAUGCCGACUGCCUGCAGAGAGCAGCAGAGAAGAGCUCCAAGCAUGGAGCAGAGGACCGGACCCAGAACAUCAUCAUGGUGCUCAAGGACCGCAUGAAGAUCCGGGAGCGCAACAAGCCAGAGAUAUUUGAGCUGAUCCAGGAGGUGUUUGGGGUCAACAAGACCACGCACACACAGCAGAUGAAGGCAGUGAAGCAGAGUGUCCUGGACGGCACCUCCAAAUGGUCGGCCAAGAUCAGCAUCACGGUGGUUUGUGCCCAGGGCCUGCAAGCAAAGGAUAAGACGGGUUCCAGUGACCCCUAUGUCACUGUCCAGGUUGGAAAGACGAAAAAAAGGACUAAAACUAUCUACGGCAAUCUCAACCCAGUCUGGGAGGAGAAUUUCCAUUUCGAGUGCCAUAACUCCUCUGACCGCAUCAAGGUCCGUGUGUGGGACGAAGACGACGACAUCAAAUCCCGCGUCAAACAGCGCUUCAAGAGGGAAUCCGACGACUUCCUGGGCCAGACCAUCAUCGAGGUCCGGACCCUGAGCGGGGAGAUGGACGUCUGGUACAACCUCGACAAGCGGACAGAUAAGUCAGCGGUGUCGGGAGCCAUCCGGCUGCACAUCAGCGUGGAGAUCAAAGGCGAGGAGAAGGUGGCCCCCUACCAUGUCCAGUACACCUGCCUGCACGAGAAUCUGUUCCACUUUGUGACGGAUUUGCAAAACAACGGGGUGGUGAAGAUCCCCGAUGCCAAGGGGGAUGAUGCCUGGAAGGUGUACUUUGAUGAGACGGCGCAGGAGAUUGUGGAUGAGUUUGCCAUGCGCUACGGGGUGGAGUCCAUCUACCAGGCCAUGACACAUUUUGCCUGCCUCUCCUCCAAGUACAUGUGCCCGGGGGUGCCAGCAGUGAUGAGCACCCUGCUCGCCAACAUCAACGCCUACUAUGCCCACACCACGGCCUCUACCAACGUCAACGCCUCCGACCGCUUUGCUGCCUCCAAUUUCGGGAAAGAUCGCUUCGUCAAACUCCUGGACCAGCUGCACAACUCCCUGCGCAUCGACCUCUCCAUGUACCGGAACAACUUCCCUGCCAGCAGUCCCGAGCGGCUGCAGGAUCUCAAGUCCACAGUGGAUUUGCUGACCAGCAUCACCUUCUUUCGGAUGAAGGUCCAGGAGCUGCAGAGCCCCCCACGAGCCAGCCAGGUGGUGAAGGACUGUGUGAAGGCCUGUCUCAACUCCACCUACGAGUACAUCUUCAACAACUGCCACGAGCUCUACAGCCGCGAGUACCAGACAGACCCAAAUAAGAAAGGCGAGGUGCCCCCUGAGGAGCAGGGCCCCAGCAUCAAAAACCUGGAUUUCUGGUCCAAGCUCAUCACCCUGAUCGUCUCCAUUAUUGAGGAAGACAAGAACUCCUACACACCCUGCCUGAACCAAUUCCCCCAGGAACUGAACGUGGGGAAGAUCAGCGCCGAGGUGAUGUGGAACCUCUUUGCUCAGGACAUGAAGUAUGCGAUGGAGGAGCAUGAAAAGCACCGGCUGUGCAAGAGCGCAGACUACAUGAACCUGCACUUCAAGGUGAAGUGGCUGUACAACGAGUACGUCACCGAGCUGCCCUCCUUCAAGAGCCGCGUGCCCGAGUACCCAGCCUGGUUCGAGCCCUUCGUUAUCCAGUGGCUGGAUGAGAACGAAGAGGUGUCGCGGGAUUUCCUGCACGGAGCACUGGAGCGGGACAAGAAGGAUGGGUUCCAGCAGACGUCAGAGCACGCCCUCUUCUCCUGCUCCGUGGUGGAUGUCUUCUCCCAGCUCAACCAGAGCUUUGAGAUCAUCAAGAAGCUGGAGUGCCCCGACCCCCAAAUUGUUGGGCACUACAUGCGGAGGUUUGCCAAGACCAUCAGCAACGUGCUGCUCCAGUACGCUGAGAUCAUCUCCAAGGAUUUUGCCUCAUACUGCUCCAAGGAGAAGGAGAAAGUGCCCUGCAUUCUGAUGAACAACAUCCAGCAGCUCCGUGUCCAGCUGGAGAAAAUGUUUGAAGCCAUGGGUGGAAAGGAGCUGGACACAGAAGCCAGUGAUAUCCUCAAGGAACUGCAGGUGAAGCUCAACAAUGUCCUGGAUGAUCUGAGCCGAGUCUUUGCCACCAGUUUCCAGCCACACAUCGAGGAGUGUGUGAAGCAGAUGGGGGACAUCCUGGGCCAGGUGAAGGGCACUGGCAACGUCCCCGCCAGCACCUGCAGCAGCGUCGCGCAGGACGCCGACAACGUCCUGCAGCCCAUCAUGGACCUCCUGGACAGCAACCUGACGCUCUUCGCCAAGAUCUGCGAGAAGACGGUGCUGAAGCGGGUGCUGAAGGAGCUCUGGAAGCUGGUGAUGAACACCAUGGAGAAGACCAUCGUCCUGCCCCCCCUCACGGACCAGACGAUGAUUGGCACGCUCUUGAGAAAACAUGGCAAGGGGACAGAGAAGAGCAGGGUGAAGCUGCCCAGUCACACUGAAGGCACGCAGAUGAUUUUCAACGCGGCCAAGGAGCUGGGGCAGCUCUCCAAGCUGAAGGACCACAUGGUGCGGGAGGAAGCCAAGAGCCUGACCCCGAAGCAGUGUGCCGUGGUGGAGCUGGCGCUGGACACCAUCAAGCAAUACUUCCACGCCGGCGGGGUGGGGCUGAAGAAGACGUUCCUGGAGAAGAGCCCGGACCUGCAGUCGCUGCGCUAUGCCCUGUCCCUCUACACCCAGGCCACGGACCUGCUCAUCAAAACCUUCGUGCAGACCCAGUCCUCACAGGGCUCCGGCGUGGAGGACCCCGUGGGGGAGGUGUCGAUCCACGUGGAGCUCAUCACCCACCCCGGCACUGGCGAGCACAAGGUCACCGUCAAAGUGGUGGCUGCAAAUGACCUCAAGUGGCAGACAUCGGGCAUCUUCCGGCCCUUCAUCGAGGUCAACAUCAUCGGGCCCCACCUCAGCGACAAGAAGAGGAAAUUCGCCACCAAAUCCAAGAACAACAGCUGGGCCCCCAAGUACAACGAGAGCUUCCAGUUCACGCUGGGCACAGAGACGGGCCCCGAGUGCUACGAGCUGCAGGUGUGUGUGAAGGAUUACUGCUUCGCCCGCGAGGACCGCACGGUGGGCAUCGCCGUGCUGCAGCUGCGGGACAUCCUGCAGCGCCCCGGCUGCGCCUGCUGGCUGCCCCUGGGCCGCCGCAUCCACAUGGACGACACCGGGCUCACCGUGCUGCGCAUCCUGUCCCAGCGCAACAACGACGACGUGGCCAAGGAGUUCGUCAAGCUCAAGUCGGACACGCGCUCGGCCGAGGAGGGCAGCAGUUAAAACUCCUCGCGCCCCCCGCCGGCCCUCGUCCCCCCGCUCCUGGCCCCCCUCAGAGUCCCCUCCAGCCGUGUAUAAGCCAUAAGAGCGGCCACAGAGGAGUCGCCGUGCCGGCCCUGGGGAGGGGGUGACGUGGCUGCAGUGACAGACCCUCCCCUCCCUCCCUGGCCGCGCUGGCGGGGUGACAGCGGUGCCGGGCACAGCCAGGCUCCCAUCCCACCCUGCGGGAAGGUGCUGGGGCUGGGGGGGCUGCAGGGAAGGGCUGGACCCCAGCCUGGGUGAUGGGACCAAUCUGCCCUUCCCCAGCCUGUCUGAGGUGGAGGAACCCCCUGCUGCAUCCGUGAACCUGCGCUGUCACACCCAGCCCCAAACCUCACUGAGGGACAAAGGAAAGGGUUGGGGGAGGUGUGUGGGGUGUGAGGGGCUGUGUGUGGGGUGUGAGGGGCUCUGUGUGUGUGUGUGUGUGUGUGUGUGUGUGUGUGUGAGAUCCCACCCGGGGGUGUUGCUGAGUGGCUGGCACAGCGUGACCCAUCCCUGAGCGUUGUGGUGUGCCCUGAGGGGCAGGGCAGCUCCCACCCCUGAGCACCUGUACAUAUGUAAAUAGCUGUACAUACAGGGCAGCCGGCCAGGCUGUGUCCUGCACCCGGAAGGGCUAUUGGGGCUGUUGGGUUGGCAGGUGCAGCCCCCACGUGCCCUGCACGGGGUCCCCUCCCUGGCUGGCAGCGGCAUCACCGGGGCCGGGAGCAGCAGGGAGCAGCCCCCGGCCCAUAUCCUGUCUUCCCUGCCUUGCUGCCACCAUGGGCUGCCCCACUGCCUCCCACGAGGUGCCAGGGCUUGAGGGGGCAAGGGCUGGGGGCACCAGAGCAGGGGGACCUAUCCCCCUUUGCUCUGGCCAGUAGGGACCAGCAUCCCUGUGCAGGGCAGCCCAUGGGACCUCCUCGGCGCAAGCAAGACCCUUCCCACCCCACCCCAGAGGACCCCUCCCUCCAUUUCCCCAUUAAGCACCAGUUCUGUCCCACCCCAGUUCCCCAGUAAGCACCAUUUCUGUGUGGUAAGUGGUGUGUGCAUGUCUCGUGCGAGUGCCUGGGAGGUCAGGGUGUGUGGUGUUGGGGUGGCCACCCCAGUCAGCCAGUUUGCCCCGAGUACUGGGGCACAGAGGCCUGACGACCCCACAGGUCAGUACAGCUCUCUCAGCCCCCUCCCACCCCAAAACAGGGUACCCCCACUGGCCCCCACGCUCCUUUUUCUAGAGGGUUUGCCUGGGACCAAAGGGUUUCGCUUUCCUCUCUCGUUUCUGUUCAAUGUUUACACCCUUUUUCUACAGCUGCUCCUGCACAGCCAGGCUGGGGCUCAGCCCUGAGGCCCUGGCCCUGUGCCCCCUCCCCAAACUGUCCUGUUGGCAUGUGAUUGAACUGACCAAUUCUGCUCCUGUAGCACAGUGUCACCGAUGCCUGUGUGUCUGUCCCACGGCGGCGGCGGCUGCCAUGGAUGCAUGACAGUGAGAUGUUUUGCACUAUUUUGAAUUUUUUGGGCUCUGUAAAAAUAUUUUAUUAUAACUGACAUUAAAAAGCACACCCUUC